AUGUCCAUUGUGGGUUCAUAUAAAAAAUUGAAUGAUUUUCAUACAGAAUACACUGCACCAAAUGGUUAUGCCAAUUUUGUAUUAAUAUUACCAUUUAUCUUUGAAUUUUUUCCAUCAACUCAACAAAUAAAAGUUCAAAGAGGAAUUCAAUUAUAUUCUUCUAUCAUUGGAAACAAUUUAAAUAUGAAUUAUAACGAUAGAAUAGUUACAAAGAUUGAUAGUAUGAAUGCAUUAGAUUAUAUGAAACACUUUGCUGAACAAUAUUCACUUGUCAGUAAAGAUAAAAGUGUGAAAUUGAAUUCUGUGUUCAGAGAAGAAUUUUGGAUACGAAAUCUUGCGCGUUAUCCAUUUCCAUCAAACAAUAAUAUAACAUUUACUUUUUUAAACAACAAUGAAUUAACACUAACUUUUCCUUAUCUCGUAAUCAUAACAAAAAAAUUCGAUAAUCAAAACAGUUUGGAAAAUGACAAUAUGUUUUCCGCACCAAUAUUAUUCGAUCACACAAGGGUUUUGAAGUAUGUAACAAAUUUCGAAAACUUGAAUUGGUAUCAAGAAAAACAAAGUAAUGCCUUCGGUUAUAUAAUGGGUGGUAAUGGUACUUAUUAUUAUACUCAUAAACGAACAAAAACUUCUGUGAUCAAGCUUGGAUCAUUUGAUGAGGAAAUUUUUGAGAAUAUGAAAAAUAUUUUUUUGAUGUCUUCUGGAGAUACAUUAAUCAUUGACUUGAUUGGUAAUCAAGGUGGUCGUAGUUGUAUAGCUUAUAGUUUACUCAAUUAUUUAGUUCCGGAAUAUUCUAAUCUAAGUGUAUUGUAUGAGUCGUUCGAUGGUAGAAUAACAAAACCAUUACAAUCAUUCUCGAAGGCAUUUAGUUUAUCUCGAAAUGCAAUAUUAAAUGUUCAAACUGGUCUACCAUUUACAAAUAUGGAUUGGAUACAACCAUAUCUUAAUUACACAAGAGGGAAUUUGACUGAUGAAUAUUCAAUGAAAUGGUCGAUUAAUUGUGAUGGACAAGCAUUUGGUUCCGGAAAAUUUUGGCUAAGCAAUAGCACUAAUAGGAGAUAUUUUAAAUCAAUUUAUGUUUUAACAGAUGGUACUUGUGGUAGUGCUUGUGGUUUAUUUUUAUCUAAAUUAGCAUUGGGUUCGAAUUUUAAAAAAGCUUAUGGUAUUGGUGGUGGAUAUGAUGGAAAUAAUUUAUUUGAAAGUUCAAGCUAUGCUGGAGGUGGUACAUUUAAUUGGAAUGAUAUUGUUGGAUAUUAUACUUUAGUUGGUGCUAAUGAUUCGUCCAUUAACUAUUUACCGACAAGUGCUUUCUUGAGUGUGAAUGUUUAUGAGAUUUAUAUUAGUAAACUAAAUCCUGACUAUCCAAGAGAAUUUUUGUCACAGCCAAUUGAUAGACAAGUAACCAAUGCCAAUUAUUGUAAUCUACAAUCAGCUUUAGAAGAGAUAAUCAAUGAUGAUCAAUCAACCAAAUGGACAUACUCUGAUAAUAAAUAG